AUGGUGAGACCUGGUGAGGCCAAGGAGGUCCCCAAGAAAUGUGGCCAGACCAAGGACGAAGAAGCAAGAGUGGGCAAUUCCAGGAAGCCCCCCCCCCCAGCUCCCCAACAGCCAGGCAAGGCCGCAAAGGCCCUCCUGGUGCCAUUGGGCCCCACGGGAAGUCAAAGGUUAAAGAACAGCUCAGCAGAUGCCAAGGCCUACAGGAAAACCAAAGCUGGUUCUCAGAGUUCAAAACCCACGGCCACCAAGGGUGAGAAUGGUGUGGCUUCCCCAGCCAAAAAGAAGACCAGGGAACAAGCCAAGGCUGCUGCUGCUCCUGCUCCUAAGGACAGUGGGUCCAAAACAGUACCUGUACCACUGGCCAGAAUGAAAGGUCCUAAGGGCCCAAGAAGGCCUGGCAUACCCACCAAGGCCUUGUCGUCCAAAGGGAUCA